GGCGCCGUUGUCGCUGUCACACCAACACUAACAAAGGUGUACACGAGAGAAAGUAACGAGCCGUUUUGGAAAAUACAAUACGCCAUAUUUACCGGCAAAAUUCAAAAUAUUUACACUACCGGUGGUCUCCGGGAGCAGUUGUUGCUAGGAAUAGUGCUCCUUCAGGUGAAAUAGCAUUAGCAACCGGAGCGUGGCGGCUGGAGCGAACGAAGCGUACCCGUCUGCUGCCGCCGUCGCCCCGAACCAAACGUAAAGUAUCGCAUCACAUCGCAGUACAAUAGAAGGGCGAUAAAAUCGGAGGAGGGAACGGCAAAAUACCCGAAACGUACAAAUCAAGAACGCACAAAGCGCGCCCACACACACGCAUCUAUCGCAUAUAUACACAGACAGGCAGGUGGACGGAAAACUGCGAUGACAAGUCAUCAUCACAGCGGCGUCGGCGGAGGAAACUUCCAGCCGCAGCUCCAGCAGCUCCGUGCACCAAUCGUCAAGAAUCUGUCUCUGGCAGCAGCAGCCGUACCGCUACCCUUAAACUCCUCCUCCUCCUCAACAUACUUUACGCAUGUACCAGCGGGGACUAUCGUUGAGCAAGAUCCGUAUACCAGCGUUUUGGAAGCCAGCGAGCACAUUGGAGGUGAGAACGAGAGCUUCUUGAUUGAGGAGAUUAUUGAUGACUACGACGAUGAAAACAAUAUAGUAGUAGAUACUGGUGAAUUUUUUAUCUCAGGAGACGUCUAUGAGUUCUACCCGGUGGAUAGGUUAGACAGGCUUACCGCGGACGCUCUGCCACCUCCGAUUAUCAUGCAGCAAGCCAGCGACGAAGAUGAGUACAUUGAAGAGGACGGUCUACAAAUGUCCUCAUCCUGCGACGGCGACGGCGAGGAGGAUGGGGAGCCAGUGGAGGAGGAAGCGGACGCUGCGCCAACCAUGACCAAUGCGUUUGAAAUCGCCUCCGAGAUGCUGACAACCAUUGAGGCCACCAAUAUCAAGCAGGAGCAGCUGGAGAGCGAUUACUACAUGAAGUCUGCGGCUGACGACUCCAAUAGCUCUAAUGCUCCCCUGCAGGACUUUAAGCUGUUCGGCAGUAGUCGUGUUGAGCCUCGUCCAGUUGGGAACUCGGCCAAUAAGCGCUGGAAGCAGACCAAGGUACCCAUCCGCAUCACCCAGGACGAGUUCAAUGUCACGCUCUGGUCCUCACUGAAUUCUGAGGAUGAAGACGAGGAGGAGGAGUUGGAAGACCCGCCAAGAUCUGUCGUACCAACCUCCGUGGCUUCCGCCGCUGCAAUCGCGGCCCGAAACGAGGGAUCUCACAACGGCAUGCUAAAGAUAAUGGAUGACCACAUCAUUACUCACGACGUGUUGAGCGACGGAAUCGGCAACGAGUAUGUGAUUCUACCGGAUCCCUUCAGUGCAGCCGCCGUGACAGAUGUCGAGGAAGUUGUGAGUGCAUUUAUGGGCGAUGUAAAGGGCGAGGAAGAUAGCCAGCCCCUAAGCGAACAGUUCAUCUACGCUGAUAAUCAGUUGGAGGAGGGAGCAUUCGGGAACAUCGAGCUGAUCGAGAAUAUGCCCAAUAAUGUGGAAUUGAUUCCAUCUGUAACGGCAGUUUCUACUCCCCUUGCGGUCGCUCAGACAACGCUUCCGAAACUGGUGCUUCAAAACAGCAGCACCAAUGUUCGCCUGAAAAAUGCCCAGCCCAAGGUAGCUAAGCGGAAUGCUGCAGUUGUUCCAUCAGCUGUGGCUCCUCCACCCUUGGUUGCAGCUAGCAAUUUUCCCCAAAGGAGACCCACCACCGUUACCAAAGCGACUACAAUAGGAACUCAUCCGACGAUAACUAAUCCUGCUGGACUGAUACCAGGACCAUCGGCAGCAGCAGCCGCAGGAGAAGAGGACGAGGAGCCCAAGUUCCGUUGCACGCAUCGGGGCUGCAAUAAAGAAUUUCGAAACCACUCCGCAAUGAGGAAGCACAUGCACACGCACGGACCGCGAGGUCAUGUGUGUAACCAGUGCGGCAAGAGUUUUGUGGAGAGCUCGAAGCUGAAGCGACAUCAGCUGGUACACACGGGCGAGAAGCCAUUCGAAUGUACCUUUGAGGGAUGUGGGAAAAGAUUCUCCCUGGACUUCAACCUUCGAACCCACGUCAGGAUCCACACGGGAGAUCGACCAUAUCACUGUCCCAUUGACGGCUGCUCCAAGUGUUUUGCCCAAUCGACGAACCUUAAAUCCCACAUGCUGACGCACACUAAACCCAAACGGAAAUGGCCGAGAGCUCCACCCCAGAAUAACAAUAGCAACAAGACGCCGUUAGUAGCUAGGUAUGGCCGUUUAGAAUUCGGCGAGGAUCCGCGGCUGGUAUACGUGGAUCCGGUCGACGAGAUGACAUCGUCGCCGGUACUGUUGGAUGGCGCAGUGGGAUCGCCCACAUCCUAACUAGCAGUGCACAUCGAAGUGUCCUGAGUAGAGGGAAUAGAUGGCGUGUGCUUGGUGGCCAGAUUGUACAGUUAGUUGUAGCCAGUUUUUAUCUUUAUCUUUAAACUAUCGAGUGGAUGGUAGGGGGUCGCGACCACUUGGUGAUCAUCUCCGCCUGCCACUGCUCUCUCGUAGUAGUAACUAGUAGUAAGUUACUUUUCUCUAACAAAUAGGCUUGCAGUGCAACAGAAGUUAGAUGGUAGCCAUUAAACGUGUUUCCUGCAUGGAUGGAAUAAAGGAUACAAAUAGCGCAGUUGUAAGAAAAUAGUUUUUAGCUUAGUCUAAGAGAGUUCCCCGUACCCCCAACCCGGCCAAUAACCCAAUCCGAUCUAAUCCAAAUCGUGCGCGGUGGUCUUCGAAUAACAAUACGCGCGCGCGGUCUUUUUUCUACAAACAAACUAGAACUACCAUAUAACGCAUACA